AUGGCACGAUUGCAACGCGUGGGUGCCAUGGAAAUUGGUUUGGGGCCGCGCAUGCAACUUGUACUUUCCCAUGACUACAUUACUUUUAUGGGCGACCUCCUGGCCGCGCGGACGUAUCCUAAUUUCGACGCGGGGACGUAUUUGUUCUGGCGAACCAAAAUCAAGAACCACAUCUCUGGCCUUGAAAAAAUGGAGCCGCAGGGAUUUGUCUUGUGGUGACUAUUGUUUCUUGCUGAAAGGACUUGAAAGUCCAGACUCCCAAACUAAGCCUACCUAGCCGACCUAGCAAUAAGCACCCUGCAUGAGAUAUGGAU